AUGCUCACAAGAUCAAGACUCCUCCCAAAGCGAUGGAGUUUCACUCUUAAACGCAAGAAGUCUUCAUUUGCAGCUGCAUUGGAAACUGCUGCUAGACUUGUGACUCCCAAGAUGUUAUUGAACAACCCUGUUUCAUUAGUCUCCAAGGAAAUGAAUACGUUAGCAAAAAAUAUUGUGACCCUUAUGGGUUCUGGACACCCUACUUUGAAUAGAGUUACUGGCUACUAUUUCGAAGCAGAAGGUAAGAAGGUACGCCCUUUACUGGUUCUUUUACUUUCCAGGGCCCUAUCAGAAAUUCCGAUUGAAAAUAGGGAUCGUGUGAAAGUGGACUUUGCUGACGUUCCUGAGGAUCCAGUUUACUCAAAGCCGCCUCAAUCACUUCUUUUCCAAAGACCAGCCAAGAGCAUAUCGCCAUUACAUAUAUUACAUGGUAUCAAACCUCUGAAUCCGUUGACCAGAGGGCCAGAACCGCUACCUGAAGAAUUUGAUAAAGACAGAGGUAUCUUACCAAAACAGAGAAGAUUAGCCGAGAUAGUAGAGAUGAUUCAUACAGCUUCACUUUUACACGAUGAUGUCAUUGACCAUUCUGAUACAAGGAGGGGGCGGCCCAGCGGCAACAUAGCGUUUACAAACAAAAUGGCCGUACUUGCAGGCGAUUUUCUUUUAGGCAGAGCUACUGUUUCAAUUUCAAGACUUAGAAAUCCUGAGGUUGUUGAAUUAGUCUCAAAUAGCAUUGCCAAUCUUGUCGAAGGUGAAUUCAUGCAGUUAAAGAAUACAGCCAUCGAUAGAGAUACAGCGACGAUAAACAAUGGAGCACAGAGGGUCCCUGCCCUUUCAUCCAAAUUUGAUAAUCCUGUUCACGAUUACCGAGUACCUACAACUCACAAUGGCUCUCAAAUUACACACGAAACCAUGAUUGAAACAGCAUUUGAGUACUAUCUCCAUAAGACAUACUUGAAGACUGCAGCACUGAUUUCAAAGUCAUGCAGAGCUGCUGCAAUAUUGUCUGGUGCCAGAGAUUCUGUUGUUGAAGAUUGCUACGAGUUUGGAAAGAACUUAGGAAUAUGUUUUCAGCUUGUUGAUGAUAUGCUCGAUUUCACUGUCACUUCGAAAGAUUUAGGUAAACCUGCUGGUGCCGAUCUUGAGCUGGGGAUAGCCACUGCACCAGUUUUAUACGCAUGGAAGGAAGAUCCAUCUUUGGGGCCUCUUAUCCAACGUAACUUUUCGCAACCAGGAGAUGUCCAACGUACUGCUGAAGCCGUCAUGAAUUACAACGGCGUUGGUAAAACGAGAGACCUAGCACAUGAAUAUAGGGACAGAGCUCUUCAAAAUUUGCGACAAUCCCUUCCGGAAUCGGACGCACGUUCUGCUUUAGAAUUUCUGACCAACAGCAUUCUGACGAGAAAGAAAUGA